AUGACGCACGCCAGGAACGAUGGCCCCCCGAACCCGCACGGCGAAGACCGCGGCCUCUUAGAACACGGGCACGAUUACGACGACGACUAUUUUGGUGUGGGCGAUGACGAUUAUAGCAGCGGAAAUGCCAGCGCAGAUUUGGGGAAGGCUUCAGGCAAAGUUGAAGCUGAUGGUCAGCCCCGGACUCCCAGCCGCGUGCGCUUCGACUUGACGCCGGAGAUCGUGGGCGUUAGCAAUGGACAAGCUUUUGGCGGGCUUGCGGAUCGUGAGAGACGGUCCUCAGAUGAUGCGUACUUUGAUGUCGAGGAGGCGACGAGUCCGGGGCGGGCGCAUCGUGUGCCGCUGUUGACGAACAUUGAAGCGCCUAGUGUUGCUCUUGCGAACUCGAUGGGGGAUCCGUCGGAACAAGCUGAGCAUGAGAUGAAUCGACCAAAGUCAGGGCUCAAAUCAGCCUUUAUGAACAUGGCGAACUCCAUCAUCGGUGCAGGCAUCAUUGGACAACCAUACGCUGUGCGCCAAGCCGGACUGGUCGGAGGCAUCCUACUGCUGGUAGGGUUGACGGUUGUUGUCGACUGGACGAUCUGUCUUAUUGUCAUCAACAGCAAGCUCAGCGGCACGAGUCAUUUUCAAGGAACAGUUGAGCACUGCUUUGGACACUCUGGGCUGAUCGCUAUCAGCGUUGCGCAAUGGGUCUUUGCGUUUGGCGGGAUGGUCGCAUAUGGUGUCAUUGUAGGCGAUACGAUUCCUCAUGUUCUGGUCGCUGUGUGGCCAAACUUAUCGAAUGUGCCUGUAAUAGGACUCUUGGCAAAUCGACAGGUCGCUAUCGCGGUGUUUGUGAUGGGCAUUGCGUAUCCCCUUACGCUGUAUCGGGAUAUUUCAAAGCUGGCCAAGGCAAGCACGUUUGCGCUUGUUGGUAUGGUGGUUAUUGUUCUCACCAUCCUUAUACAAGGUAUCCUGACGCCCUCGUCAGAAAGGGGCUCGUUUACUCCUUCACUCCUCCUCUUCAAUGGCGGAUUUUUCCAGGCCAUUGGCGUUAUUUCGUUCGCUUUCGUUUGCCAUCACAACUCGCUCCUGAUCUACGGAUCUCUCAAGACACCUACCAUUGAUAACUUUUCCCGAGUCACUCACUACUCAACUGGUAUAUCGAUGGUUUUCUGUCUUGUCCUUGCUCUGGGCGGUUUCCUUACUUUUGGUGACAAGACAUUGGGCAAUGUUCUCAACAACUUUCCAGCAGACAACACCAUGGUCAACAUUGCACGCCUUUGCUUUGGCCUCAAUAUGCUCACCACCUUGCCCCUGGAGGCAUUUGUUUGUCGUGAAGUGAUGUUGACAUACUUCUUCCCCGACGAGCCCUUCAACAUGAAUCGCCAUCUCCUCUUCAGUACGAGUCUUGUUGCGUCAGCUCUGGUCCUAAGUUUGGUGACUUGUGAUCUUGGUGCUGUGUUUGAGCUGGUUGGAGCCACGAGUGCUGUGGCCAUGGCUUACAUCUUGCCUCCGUUGUGCUAUAUGAAGUUGACAACAAGAAGCUGGCGGACAUAUAUGGCGGGUGCAGUGGUCGUGUUUGGCAUGAUUGUCAUGGUCAUUAGUGUGAUCCAGGCUGUGCAGAAGAUGAUCAACAGCAAAGAUGGACCGGCGCAGUGCGUAUAA